CAAGGUUUUCUGGUUUCUCGCAACGAAUAAAGAAGAAUCUUCAGUUUAAUAAAACGUUGAUCCGAUGUACAAGUAUUGAAAAUACUUACUUCGAACCGAACGUAACGACAUCUCAACCUUUUGAAAACGAAGAAAAGUUUCAAACAAGGAAUCCGCAGUACUCUACUGAUUUGUAUUUUGCGUAGCAUCGAAGAUGGCGAGACGUUGUUGUCCACAACCGAUACAUUCCGUCGCAGCUAUUGCMAUGGCGGCAGCAAUAAUGGUCUCCUGUCUGUCACCACCAACGACGGCUUUUGUCUUUGGCUCUCGYCGCAGCAAUAACAGYGACUGGAACAGAAUCMAAACUCGGGGCAGCCGUGCAACAUUGCAACUCAGUUCCAUGAGGAAUUAUUUGGAUUUUGACAACUCUGGUGAAUCCGGAAUGGCGCCGACGUCUGACACCCACAACAAUCAGCAUCCACGACGACUUCCCAUUGUCGCUGGAAAUUGGAAACUUAAUCCUUCCACGGUGCAAGAAGCUACCACGCUACUCAAACUGUUGGCAUCCAACUUUGUCCACCAUCGAUCCUCUGCAGCGAAUACUCCAGAGGUUGUUGUGUUUCCACCCACCCCGUACCUCGAACGUGCCGUAACACUUCUGGAGGGGACGGGCAUCCAAGUGGGUGCGCAGACGAUUUCGAGCGAMUCCAAGGGUGCUUUUACCGGAGAAGUUUCUCCGUCGAUGGUAAGGUCACUGGGUUGUUCCUAUGUCUUGGUGGGUCAUUCCGAACGAAGGACUUUAUAUGGAGAAUCGGACGAACUCGUCAACGCAAAAAUCAAGCUUGCACUUCAGGAAGAUGCCGGCCUGUCGGUGGUUUUGUGUGUCGGGGAAACUCUGGAGGAAUAUGAAAGUAGCCUCCUGGAAAGCGUCAUCCACUUCCAGGUCACCAAGGCACUGAAUGGAAUUUCUUCUGUUGACGCUAGCACACGACUUGUCGUUGCGUACGAACCAGUCUGGGCAAUCGGAACCGGAAAGGUUGCUACUCCACAACAGGCCCAGACCGCCCAUGAGGUGGUGAGGGGRGCCCUUUCGGAGUUGUAUGGACCCGAGACGGCACAAACCAUCCGAAUCCAAUACGGUGGAUCUGUGACACCCGAUUCCGUUUCAGAACUCAUGGCAAUGCCCGACGUGGACGGGGCGCUUGUGGGAGGUGCCUCUUUGACAGCGGACGGAUUUUCGAGAAUCGUCGACGGCGCGGCAGCCACUAGCGAGGAGGAAAAAAAUUGGAGUCACCAGCAACAGCAAUUCCCGCCUAAGGAAUUGACAGCUCUUGAAGUUGUGUCGUGCAAAAACGUCCUCGGAGAGUCUCCCAUUUGGUCCGUUCGGGACCAGACUCUCUACUGGAUUUCCGCUCCRGAAGAAGAAGUUUGGGCCUGGAACAUGAUCGAYCCUCCCUACCGCAGAUUGUUUGGAACCACUAUUGGAUGYAUUGCCCUUAAGGCUGCAGAAAGCAGUGGUGCUGGUGGAAAUAUUUUGGUUGCAGGAGAAAGCGCCUUUCUUGAAACAACCAUGGGGAACAAUGACUUUUCCUCCACCAUUUUUUGCGAUCGACCCGAACAGCAAGAAACAACCCGACCAAACGAUGGUCGGGCGGACCGGGAGGGAAACCUGGUAGUUGGCAUGUACAACAACUAUCACCGAGCUGGCGCAUCGGAAGGGCAAAACAAUUGCGGUCUGUACAGACUCUGCCCGACCACACGAACUGUCCAAUCUCUCUUCCCCCCCGAAUAUAAAUACCGUGUGUCAAACUGCAUAUCCUUUUCGCCUGAUGGUGGAACUAUGUAUUUUUGCGACACUCCCACCCGCAAAGUGUAUGCCUUUGAUUAUCCCCAAACUACUGCCAACAAAAAUCAGCAUCARUAUUGCACAAAUCGGAGAUUGAUUUGGACGAUGCCUCCAAACUUGGCUGGUGGACCAGAYGGAGCCCAGGUCGACGCAGACGGCGGUCUUUGGAUGGCCCUCAGUGGGGCAGGCAUGGUCGUUCGGGUCCAUCCAGAUCGACCCGGAAUCGUAGAUUGUGUGGUCCAUUUGCCAGUGAAGUCGCCAACCUCGUGCACCUUUGGUGGUCCMAACCUGGACGAACUCUUUGUUACCACCAGGGGCCCCGAUGGCGGUGGCUUGUACAGAGUAAAAAUGCCAUUUGGGAUUCGUGGAUUGCCGGAACCAGAAUUYGGUGGUGGUACGGAAGCUGUGGCAGUAUCGGCGAACCUCAUGYUGGGAAGCUCUCGACCUGCUAGUAUKRAGAGUGCUUCACAACAACGAGAUCCACAGCACUYGCUCCCAACGUUUGGAAGCACCGACAGUACAGUAAGAAGCUAUCUCGAUUCGCUGUAGGUAUAGAAAAGGAAAUUCUACGCAGUAAUAGGUUCAAUCAACUGUCUCAAACUAU